AUGGAUAUUUUGCGAUCACCAUAUCAGGAAGAAAUACCUAAAGUUUAUAAGUAUCAAACCUUUAAGGGAACUGAAAUUCUGGUCGGACCAUAUGCCAAAGUUAUUGAAUCGUUUGCUACUUACAUGAACUAUACUCUGGAAUUGGUGGAAGAAAACAAUAUUAAGAUGUCGGAUAUACAAAAAAAGAUGGAAUUGAAUUUCUAUAAUAUAUCCCUGCACACCGCUACUUAUGAAAGUUGUUUUGCUCAGAUCAAUUUUUCUUAUCCCCUGGAGUUUUCUGAUACCUGUGUAAUGGUACCGGCAAAGGAUGAAUUACCCAGAUAUUGGUAUAUAGUCUGGCCAUUUGGCCGUUAUAUCUGGUCAUUUAUGUUUAUAUCGGUGUUUUACGUGGCGUAUGUCAUGACAUAUCUCAAACAUCCCACACACUCGUAUGGCAGUAAUCUACUAUACAGUAUGUCUCUCGUUAUGUACUGUUCCAAUGCAAGUUUUCGUUUUAAUAAUAUACCUUUAAGGUUGCAAUUAUUUUACACGUUAGUCAUAAUAAUGGGCUUUAUAAUGUCCAGUUAUUAUUGCAGCUUUCUAACGAUGUACAAUAUGCGACCGGUAUUUCAAUCGUAUAUUAAAACCAUCGAUGACGCUUUGGAAGCAAAUAUACAAAUUCUCAUUUCCAGCAAUAUUCUUGAGGAUCUGAGAAAUAAUAUAUACGUAAAUUUAACUCUUAUAUCGAAGCUAUUAAAAGAAACGGCUCCCUCAAAUAUUUCGGAAAAAAUCAAACAAAAAAAUCGCUCUUUCGCUUAUGUUGUCACACAAACGCAAUGGAUAUUUAUGUCGCAGCUACAGGAACAUCUCAUACAACCCAUUUAUCAACUAUCGGACAUUUGCUUUGGUAAGGUCUUCAGCACUUAUCCUAUACAGUUCAAUGCAAAAUUUUUGAAUUCUUUGGAUAUGUUUAUUUUGUAUAUUGCACAAAGUGGCCUAUGGAAACUUUGGGAAGAAGAGGCAUUUAUUUUAGCAUUAAGUAAUGAAUCUUUUGAAUUACUAGAAGAUGAAUAUCCUAUAGAUCCUUUGAAUUUAUAUUAUUUUAGAGUGGCCUGGAUUAUUUUAGCCAUCGGUAUUAAUAUUUUUGGAAUUGGCGGAGGUAGAGGUGGUGGUCGAGGUUUUGGUUAUGGUGGAGGACGAGGUUAUGGCUUUAUAGGUGGGGGAGGCUUUGUUCCUUUCCCCUAUCGUCGUUCGCCUUUCUAUGGACCAUUUUAUGGAUUUUAA